UCCCACAGCCAGGCUUCCCCCAGAAGAGGCAAGGACCCCACACUCUGAAGGGUCUGCUCAUAGUGGGCCACCAAAAGACAGCGCAAUUCUCGUGUGGGGACUUUGGCAGAAAGGGGCGGGGUAUCGAUGUCAGCCGGAAGGGCUUGGUGGGCGUGGCUCUGGUCUAGAGCAACCAUCGGUCUCCCAGGAAAUCUAGUACUCUGACCUGCGGGCCGUCCGGCCUGUAGAUCUGACCAGGGGACCGAGACCCACGCAGGCCAUGCCCGGGGACUCCCCAGCACUGUGGGAGCUGGUGGAGGAGCAUGUUCCACUCCCGGAGCGGCCUGAAGUGAAGAGGAUUCUGGGGGAGGCAGCAGUGGACCUGAGUCUGGAGUUGCGAGAGGAGCUCUCCUUACAGGUGGCGAUGCUAAAGGCGCUGCUCCAAGAGAUCCAGUCUUCUCAAGUUUCCAACUCUGACUCUCCCACCCUACUGGCACCACCCCCCCUCUUGAGGGACCUCAUUCGCCAAGAACUCCGGCAGUUACUCCAAGGCCUCCGCCUUAAGGCUAUCAGUGAGGGCAGGGACCAGACCCAGAUGUGGGCCCAGUAUAGUCCCAGGGUCCUUCGCUUUGCCUUAGAGGAUCCCAGGUGUGACUCAACACAACAGGAACUCGCGAUGAGAGCCGAUGAGCCCAGGGCUGGAAUGAAUGGCACAGAGAGGGUGAUGGUAACCUCACCUGUCAGCAGUUGUCCCAGGGACCUCACUGUCAUCAAGGACCAACUGAAUGUGUCUAAUAUUGACCAAGUUGUCAGACACCUGAGAAGCCUUCUGGAGGAAGAGUGUCGCAUGUUGCAGAACGAGAUCUCUGACCUGCAGCACUGUCUGGAAAUGGAACAGAUGCAGGCUUCCAAGGACACCCAAAUGCCUACCCUGGGAGAGAUUAAGGAUCAGAAGAAGGCCAUGGAACAGGAGCUACAGGUCUCUCUGGGGCCUUCCUGUACCGCUGCCAAGCACAGGCAGAAGCCUUUGAGGUCAUCCAUUCCCAGCCUUAGACCCUUCCCUUGUCUCCAUGGCUACAUGCCUACACCUCCUUCGGAGCGCUGCCCCCACCCUCAAGGACAGACAAGCACCCGCCGCUGGGGACGGCAACUUCGGUACAGCUAUUGCAAAGAGACAACUUCCACGUCAGUUUCCAGUGCAGCAUCCCAGGCACCGACCUGAAGGGUCACAAAACAGGCUUCUGCUGAGACCCGCCCAUCUGCUGUUGUCUCCAGCUGCCACAGCUCCAUUUCUGCUUCAUUCUCAGAUGAGCUCACACCUUUCUCCCUCCCUCCCCCAGCUGUGUGUUGGUCUGGUCCCAGCCCCACCCCUUGUCAGGUCAUUGCUAUCUAGAACUGAGUGGCAGGACACCUGUUCUAACCAUCAAAGCCUUUGGCCCCUUCUCCUCUGCACAAGCUUCCACAGAGCCUUGGGGGACAGAGGUUCCCAUCCCAGCUUGACUUUCGUCCCCGAGGGACCCAGACAAAGCACAUCAGCAGCUCAGAGACAGGAAUAGAAAUUUCAUUAAAACCUACGGACU